AUUUGGAAACUUAAGAAACUUAUCAAAAGUCUUGAGUCGGCCCGAGGUAACGGAACUUCGAUGAUAUCACUGAUAUUACCAGCGAAUGGACAGAUAUGUCGCGCGUCUAAGAUGUUGGUCGACGAGAUGGGAACGGCCGCUAACAUCAAGAGUCGUGUGAAUCGCCAAUCGGUUCAGUCGGCCAUCGCAUCGGUUCAGCAACGGCUCAAACUGUACCCCCGAAUGCCCGCCAAUGGACUCGUCAUCUAUUGUGGGACUCUUGUGACCGAAGAGGGAAAGGAUAAGAAAGUGAACAUCGAUUUGGAGCCCUUUAAGCCCAUUCACAGAUCGCUAUAUAUGUGUGACAAUCGGUUCCAUAUUGAGGUUCUUAAGGAACUUCUUGUGGACGACAAUAAGUUUGGAUUCAUUGUAAUGGAUGGAAAUGGAGCUCUUUUCGGCACUUUAGAGGGCAAUACACGUCAAGUGCUCCAGAAGUUUAGCGUCGGUUUACCUAAAAAACACGGACGUGGAGGUCAGUCAGCCCUACGAUUCGCUCGACUCAGGGACGAGAAGAGACACAAUUAUGUGCGAAAAGUGGCAGAAGUGGCACAACAGGUUGCUGACUUUAAGACACAACUCUAUCGCUCGGAUCUCUUCGACCGGAAACUUCAGGCACUGGUUGUGAGACUAGUGGACGUGUCUUACGGCGGAGAGAAUGGUUUCAAUGAAGCCAUAAAAUUAUCGGCAGAAGUCUUGUCUGGCAUUCGGUUUGUGGACGAAAAAAGACUAAUUAAUCGUUACUUGGAUGAGAUAUCUCAAGACACCGGCAAAUACUGCUUCGGAGUGGAGGACACCAUAAAAGCCCUAGAGAUGGGAGCCGUUGAGGUACUAAUCGUAUGGGAAAACCUCGAUAUCACGAGAUAUGUGCUGAAGAACCCGAACACCAAUGAGGAGAAGAUAGUUCACGAGAUGGCAAACCAGGAAAGGAAUGGAAAUCUGUUUGUGGACACCGGGACAGGAGUGGAGUUGGAAGUGUUGGAAGUGUUGGAGUCGAUGUCAUUACUUGAAUGGUUUGCAAACAAUUACACGAAUUUCGGUGCAAUUCUCGAGUUUGUGAGCGACAGCUCUCAAGAGGGCUCACAGUUUGUCAAAGGGUUUGGAGGAGUGGGAGGUAUUCUGAGAUAUAAAGUCCACUUCCAGGACAUAGACUUCGACAACAUUAUCGAUGAGUUCGAAGAUUUAGACAUUUAA